AUGACAUCGUUGCUCCGCUGUCUGGGCCUGAAGUCGCCAUUCAUUGAAUUCGGUAACCAACAAGAGGUGCUGGCAAACACAAGCAUACCUCUGAACAUCACAAAAGAUGAACAGGCCUAUAUGCAUCAGGAAGGGCUCCGAAAAUUGGGCACCUUCAUCAAGCCCGUGGACUUGAGGGACUCUGAAACCGGUUAUGUAAAAGCUGACCUUACGAAAAAGGUACCGCUGGAACCACCGAGCGCCCAAGCUCGACGUGUUCACCCCAUCCAAGAGGAAAUGGAUCUGAAACAAAUUAUACUACUGGACGAGGAUACCGAUGAGAACGGCCUUCCCGCCAGCCUCACCGAUGAGGACCGUAAAUUUAUAGUGCCCAUGGCACUGAAGAAUGCCUCGCCCGACCCUCGAUGGGGCGGGGGUCCAAUACCCACACCCGCUCCGAGCACACGACGACGCAGCACAACAACCACAUCGACCACCACACCGCCUCCAGAUCCGACCUCCAACAUUGACGACCUGAAGAAGCACAUUCUCUUCUUGCACAACAUGACCAAAAGCAACAAUAACUUUGAAUCCAAGUUCGUGAAAUUUCCCAGUCUGCAGAAGGAUAAGGCGAAGCAGCCAACGAACUCGGCAACGGCGUCAAAGCGCCCACAACGUCCGAUAUUUCAGUAUGCGGCGCCCAUAGCGCCACCCACUCGCAAGGUUCCACAGGGUGCGCACACUCCGGGUCAGCAACCCUUCGGUGGCUACUAUCAUAAUGAAGACGAAAGCGACAGUCUGUCCUCUUUCCUGCAGCCGCUUGGCGCUGGCAGCGGCAGACCAGCAGCAGGAGAUGGCAAGGACCGUGGAAAGAUUGCAAUUGUGCCUCAGGUACAUCUGCUGAACGAGGCACAGAUGACGACAACGACUAGCUCGACCACUCCAAGCACUACACCUACAACUACAAUGCCAACCACUACCCCAGAGCCAACACCAAAGCGCACCACAAAGCGGCCCGUUUGCCUGCGGAAUCCUGAAUCCCUCAAGUGCAAAAGACAGCGGCAGCGGGAGGAACAGCAGCGACAGCGUGAGCGGGAUGAGUGGUUCCGCGGACAGGCCGAAUUCAUUCGACCGCACUUCGAGCCCAUAAUCCAGACCAUCAAUAACACUAAACGCUUCGCCGUCUCCAUUGAGAUACCCGACUCCUUCAAGGUGCAUUUGCAAGCCAACGACACGAUGCCUCCCGCGGAGGAGACCGAACUGCAGCUGCUUUCGCGUGUGGCUCGAUCGCAGCAUCGUCGGCGGAAUAUUGGAGGGGGCCUACCGGGUCGCGCCGUCAUCUCCGUGGAAAAAUUUCGUGCGCCGGCGCCGGCCGACUUUUUCGCACAAGACAUCGUAAUGACAUCGGCCGGAGUGGCCAGCGGGCGCGAAUUUAUGUUGGCCAACAUGGAGCAAUAUGGCAUGGUGGCGCCCAAUGAGCACGACAACGAAACCACACCGAGUCCAACGGUGCCAGCCUACUCCGAGCCCAUAGAUUUAAAUCCGGAUAACUGUUACCAUGUCGAUGGCCUCACCUACGGCCAAAAAAAGCAAUGCGUACUGCACACCAGUGUCAUGCCAGCCAUUAGUCGAGGCGCCCGUGCUGCCAUACAGGAAUGCCAGUUUCAGUUCAAAAAUCGCCGUUGGAAUUGCAGCACAACCGAGGAUAACACCGUGUUUGGUCCCAUGACGGGCUUGGGCUCCCCCGAAAUGGCUUUUGUUCACGCACUCGCAGCGGCAACGGUGACCAGUUUUAUAGCCCGCGCCUGUCGUGAUGGUCAGCUGGCCUCGUGCGGCUGCUCACGCGGCUCACGGCCUAAACAACUUCACGACGAUUGGAGCUGGGGUGGCUGCGGCGAUAAUCUCGAGUAUGCCUACAAAUUUGCCACGGAUUUCAUCGAUGUGCGCGAGAAGGAGACGCGCCGAGGCACACGCGGGGCCGGCAAUCCAGAGCGACGACGGGCACGUCUUCAACAGCAGCUACAAAAACGCAACCAGAUGCUGGCUGAUGAUGCCGGAGCUGCAGUCGGAGUCGGAGUCGGAGCCGUGGCCGCGACCUCCAGCAAUGUCAAGCCAGCUGCGGAGGCGGCUCCGCAGCAAAGUGCAGCCAACAAUGCAACGACUACGGACAGCAACAAACAACUGAACAAUGGCAACAAUCAAACGCGCAACGACAAUAUGGCAACAGCAUCAUCGUCUUUGUCCCCAUUGCCUCCUUUGGCUGCCCCAACACCUUCGUCUUCGGUGGCGCCUCCCAAGCAAGAGCAAUCCGCUGAGGAGGACGAUGUGGCUGGGCCGCGCAUCAAGCCGGAAGAUGUAUUAGAGCUGAAGGAGCGCAUUACAAAGGAAAUACUCAAUUCGAAAUUGCAGGAAAAGGAAAUGCUGGAAUUGCAGGAGAAAAUCAAUCGGGAAUUUUUAAACUCCAAAGUAUUCAACAUGGAAAGCACUGGAAAGCAACGACGCAAGCGGAAGCGCAAGAAUCAACGCGCCGUCAACGGCGAGGCGCCCACUCUCUCCGACAACGAUGGUCUCUAUGGCGAUAAUGGUGGCGACCAGACGGCUGUGGGCGGCCAAGGAGGCGGGAACAAGGCACGCAACACGGCGGCCACGGCAAAGGCUCGUAGUCUAAUGAAUCUGCACAACAACGAGGCGGGUCGACGGGCCGUCAUCAAGAAAACGCGCAUUACCUGCAAAUGUCAUGGAGUCUCCGGUUCUUGCAGCUUAAUUACUUGCUGGCAGCAAUUAUCAUCAAUUCGAGAAAUUGGCGACUAUUUACGGGAAAAAUACGAGGAGGCCACCGAAGUGAAACUCAAUAAACGCGGCCGUCUUCAGGUCAAAGAUUCACAAUUCAAGGUGCCAACAGCACACGAUCUGGUCUAUUUGGACGAAAGCCCCGACUGGUGUCGCAACAACCGCCAGCUGCAGUGGCCAGGGACACAUGGCCGGGUCUGCAACAAGAGCUCGUCGGGACUGGAUGGCUGCGGCAUCCUCUGCUGCGGGCGGGGCUACAACACCAAGAACAUCGUCGUCCGGGAGCGAUGCAAUUGCAAGUUCCAUUGGUGCUGUCAGGUGAAGUGCGACGUCUGCACAAAAGUGCUCGAGGAGCACACCUGUAAAUAGAGGUCCUCCAUCGAUACUAUACUGUCGAGAUAAGCACCACUAAGCAGCAGGAGCAGGAUGAGGAUUAUGAUGAGGAUGAGCAGGAGGAGGAUGAAUGCAAUGAACGUUGCAAUCCCCACACCUACAUAACGUAUAUUAUUUAUUGAACCUACCGUUAAGUUGCACAAUGGAAGCUUUCUUAUUGUUUUUACUUAGUGUACGAACUUAGUCUCUAACAGCCCCCCAAUUCUAUCCCCCCACCCUCCCCUAGACUAUGUAAUUCAAUGCGUAUUCCAUAGGGUCUAGAAAGUGUGAAUGCAAAGAUCAACUCACUCGGUGUAAAAACAAAAAAAAAAAACUAAAAACAUAAGAAGAGAAAUUAAUUACAGCUCCAGGCAUGCUUUUACGUACAUCCCUCUCGGAUAAUAGAUCGAUGGCUAGGAUAGGGAGACAUGAACGAAUACGAAAUAGCAUUUAAACUGUAAAAUAUACAACAAACAUGCAAACGAACAUCCACAUAUAUAGAUAGCUUUAAGCGGAACUUUUUGUUGUUCUUCAUGGUUCAAAUAAUAAUUUAAACGAUUAUCGUAGAAAUAAUAAUUGUACUUUUAAUGCGUCUAUAUCUCUACUAUAUAUAAAAUAUUUAAGACGAUAUCAAAUGUGACACAUUUUAUGAAUCCUAAUUACGAGUAGCUCACGAGCUUGCAGAAAUGCCGCUAAAAAGAUUCGAUUACCCAUACUCCGGCUAUUUUGUUUGACUGUUUGUCUAUUUUGAUUUUCGGAAGUGAAAGUUUUCCUUUUCUCUUCAUUUUUUUUUUUUUUUGGCAUGCAUUGAAUACCCAAAAUACUUAUGUGUUUGUGGCUUAAGGAUUCUUAGGACUACACUUAUUUUUAGUUAGCCCUAAGUAGGCGCCAAGAACGGCCGAUGCCCGCUAAGGACAGAAAGUCUAGGGGCAAGUGAGGUAAUUAUAAAUCCAAUACUUAUAGUGCAUAUGUACGUAGCAUUUAGUACUAUAUAUAGCGUUUAAAGUACAUACAUAUACUAUAUAUAUGUGUGUGUGUGCAUCUGUAUUUAAAUUCUAAAUAAGUGUUAGCUGUACGCUCUAGUAAGUG